UCUAUAUUCUAGUUAAUAUGUGUGCUUGGGAGUCCUUGCAAUUUGAAUAAACCAAGAUCUUACCAUGACUGCAAUUUUAGAGAGACGCGAAAGUACAAGCCUGUGGGGUCGCUUCUGCAACUGGAUAACUAGCACUGAAAAUCGUCUUUACUUCGGAUGGUUCGGUGUUUUGAUGAUCCCUACCUUAUUGAUCGCAACUUCUGUAUUUAUUAUCGCCUUCAUCGCUGCCCCUCCAGUAGAUAUUGAUGGUAUUCGUGAGCCUAUUUCUGGUUCUUUACUUUAUGGAAACAAUAUUAUCUCUGGUGCUAUUAUCCCUACUUCUGCGGCGAUCGGAUUGCACUUUUACCCAAUUUGGGAAGCUGCAUCUGUUGAUGAGUGGUUAUACAAUGGUGGUCCUUAUGAGCUAAUUGUUCUACACUUCUUACUUGGUGUAGCUUGUUAUAUGGGUCGUGAGUGGGAACUUAGUUUCCGUCUGGGUAUGCGUCCUUGGAUUGCUGUUGCAUAUUCAGCUCCUGUUGCAGCUGCUACUGCUGUUUUCUUGAUUUACCCUAUUGGUCAAGGAAGCUUUUCUGAUGGUAUGCCUUUAGGAAUCUCUGGUACUUUCAACUUUAUGAUUGUAUUCCAGGCAGAGCACAACAUCCUUAUGCAUCCAUUCCACAUGUUAGGUGUAGCUGGUGUAUUCGGCGGUUCCCUAUUCAGUGCUAUGCAUGGUUCCUUGGUAACCUCUAGUUUGAUCAGGGAAACUACUGAAAAUGAAUCUGCUAAUGAGGGUUACAAAUUUGGUCAAGAGGAAGAAACUUAUAAUAUUGUGGCUGCUCAUGGUUAUUUUGGCCGAUUAAUCUUCCAAUAUGCUAGUUUCAACAACUCUCGUUCUUUACACUUCUUCUUGGCUGCUUGGCCUGUAGUAGGAAUCUGGUUCACUGCUUUAGGUAUUAGUACUAUGGCUUUCAACCUAAAUGGUUUCAAUUUCAACCAAUCUGUAGUUGAUAGUCAAGGUCGCGUUAUUAAUACUUGGGCUGAUAUCAUCAACCGUGCUAACCUUGGUAUGGAAGUAAUGCACGAACGUAAUGCUCACAACUUCCCUCUAGACUUAGCUGCUGUUGAAGUUCCAUCUAUUAAUGGAUAAGGUUUUUCUGCUAACAUAUAAGAAUUUUUGAA